GAGAACCAGGGUUGGUUAGCUACCAAGUAGACUUGCAUUGUUACUUACAAGAUGAGUGCACGGACAUCGAUACGGUUUGCCUUGCAAACACGUCCUUCCUUUCCUGCUAUCUCACGGUCAUUGUCAAGUCGAACCUUGGCGACAACGACUCGACAUGACGGGAAACAACGAAAGUUCUCAGAGGAGCUCGCCAAUGGACCCAAUCUAGGCGACUUUAUAGCUGCAUCGGAUAAAUUGAGUGUUGAGGAAGCGUUGGAGUUGAGGGAACCCGUCAAAACAACAACAGGCGGUGCAUUACGACGAAAAAAUCACGUACGACUUCCUUCAUGGCUGAAAACGGAUAUACCCGUCGGCGAGGAUUUUGCCCGUCUCAAAAAGGAUUUGCGGGGCCUCAAGUUGCAUACUGUUUGUGAGGAAGCGCGGUGUCCCAAUAUUGGAGAAUGCUGGGGUGGUGGGGAGGAUAAAACUGCUACGGCAACCAUAAUGCUUAUGGGGGAUGAAUGUACAAGAGGAUGCCGGUUUUGCUCCGUUAAAACAAAUCGGGCACCAAAACCUUUGGAUCCGGAUGAACCGGAAAAAACUGCGGAAGCAAUAUCGCGAUGGGGAUUAGAUUAUGUUGUUUUAACGUCAGUGGAUCGGGAUGAUUUGGCCGAUGGGGGAGCAGAUCAUUUUGCGACGACUGUGGAGUUGAUAAAGUCAAAAGCGCCCAAUAUUCUUGUAGAAUGCCUGACGGGCGACUUUCGAGGCAAACUUGAAGAUGUUGCCCGGGUCGCAAGGUCCGGCCUCGAUGUUUACGCACAUAAUGUUGAAACCGUUGAAAAUCUUACCAAAUAUGUUCGAGACCGUCGGGCAACAUUUCGACAAUCGCUGAGUGUGCUGGAGCAUGCCAAAAAGAUGCGCUCGGAUUUGGUUACAAAGACGUCCAUGAUGUUGGGAUUGGGGGAGACGGACGAAGAGGUUUUGCAAGCUAUGAAGGACCUCCGAGCCAUUGACGUCGACGUUAUAACAUUCGGCCAGUACAUGCGACCCACCAAGAAGCAUAUGAAGGUCGCCGAAUAUGUUCAUCCCGACAAAUUCGACCACUGGGCUGAGGUUGCCAAAAGUUUGGGGUUCAAGUAUGUGGCGAGUGGACCAUUGGUUAGAUCGAGUUACAAGGCUGGGGAAUUUUAUAUUAGAAACAUUGUUAAGGGGAAUAGCAGUAAGGAUGAGGUGGUUCUAAGUGAAGCAUUGGCAGCGGGCAGUGUCUAGAAAAGGUUCUAUAUUCAUUUAUUGGCUGUAUUUCUUUUUGGGAUAUCAAUCAUUUGAGAUGCCUCUUUCUGCU